AUGGCUUCCAACACCAAAAUUGUUGGGGAACUCGUAUAUACAAGCCUCAACGUCCCCCCAAAACAGUACCAAGAUGUAUACCGCAGCACUCUAGAGCCUAUUCUUCUGGCCCGACCAGGCUUGAUCUUGGCCAUGGCUGGCGUCGUCACUGCAAGCACAGAUCAACAGAGUCCCACUGUAGUAUCGUUGGUUAACUGGGAGAGCGUGGAUGCUCAUGUAGCGUUCAUCGUGGGCCCGGCGGCAAAACCCUUUUUCGAAGCUUCUAUGCCCCUGAUGAGUGCAGCGCCUACCGUCGAGCAUUAUGGUAUCAGUGUCCUUCGAACGCCUGCCGUUGAGAGCCGGUACACACGUUUGCUGAAAGCCACCAAUGAUGGCGACAGGGAACUCUUGGCAAGGAUUCACGAGAAGCAUGUGGCUACUGAGGGGGCAGACAUGGCGGCAAUUAGCGAUUGUGUGGAGGAUGCAUCGUUGAGAACAUUGAUACUAUUCAGCAACUCUGAUAAAUUUGAGGCGGCAUCUGAUGUCUCGAAUGGUGGCACCAACAUCAAGUCCUAUACAAUCGAGUGGUAUGCAAGAGGGGUAAAGAGCGAAUAG